AUGGAUAAUAGUUUCAUAAUGAGAGUCUGCAUCAUUUGGAAUUUGUGGAAAUUAAGGAACGGGAUGGUUUUCUCUAAUGAAGUCUUUUCAGUUAACAAUGUUCUGCACAAAGCAUAUCAGGACUUCAAGCUAUGUUUGGACAAUUCCGCAACAGAUGAUCAUCAAAUCAAUGAAUUAUCGUCUUCAAAUAUUUUCUGGAGUCCACCGGAACCUCAUUAUGUAAAGAUAAGUGUUGAUGCAGCGUUUAUACCAAACAAUGGCGCAGCGGGAGCUGUUGCUCAGGAUCACAAUGGAAAUUUUUUGGGAUGUGCUACAAUCACCUUUGAUGCAACGUCAUCAUUACUUGCUGAAGCAAUCGCUUGCAAAUUGGGAAUAGAAGCGGGAAUCAAAUUUGGCUUCAAUAAAGUGGUGAUUGAAGGUGAUGCUUCAAAUGUCACAAAUGCAAUUCUUGGAGCAUCUAGAGAUAUCUCAUGGAGCAUCAGAUCUGUUAUUCUGAAAGUUAAAGAUGCAAUUCCUUCUUUUGUUGAUAUUAAAUUUCAACGUGUUCCAAAAAAUGCUAAUUACUUGGCAUACGAGUUGUGUCAGUAUGCAAUGCAUGAAAAUGUAAAUAACUGGUGGAAUGCUAAUUCUCCACCCCUUUGUAUCUCUGCAAACCUCAAUCUUACCGAGGUAGUUGAAUAA